CCGUCCUUUAAAUAUAAACGUGUGUGAGUGUUGUAUCAUUAGCUCAGUUCUCUUAGUUCGGACGACUGACCGUUCUGCAAGCUUGACAAGCUCAUCAGUCGUUCACCAAGGUCUAUCACAACUAGUUCAUUUCGUUAACACUGCUUAAAAUUAAUCGAAAUUGAUCAUAACUAACAAUAAUUGAUCGCAAUUGGUUGAGAUUUUAUUACCGCGUCGACCUGAAACGUAUCUACCGAAUAAUCGUAAUUGAGUAUUCUUGUAUUAUUACAUAACAGUAUCGAAUAAUGAAUCAUUUUUAUCGAAUAAUAGCAACGUAGUUAUUUUAUUUAUGCAUACAGUUUAAGUGGAGUUUUACUUUUACGGACUUUGUUAAUUAUACCAACUAGUUCAUUUUCAUGGAUUAUUUGUGAAGUUGUGAAGCAUUGAAAAAGUAUUCUGAUAAUUAUUUUGGCGUAAAUAAACAAACUGAGUUUUAAAAAUUUGUUAUUUGACAAAAUUAUGGAAGGUGGUCCUUUUGAUGAUCAACUAUUUUCUGACUUUGGAGGUCGUACUGGUACAGGCGUACACAGCAUUCAAGUGAUGUUAGGAUUACACGGAGCAGCCCAUACUUCAGAUCUAAUACCACCGGGUGGCCAUUUACACAAGCUUGACUCGUCCGGCGGUUCACCAACUCAUCAUCAAAAUUCCCAUCAUCUGCAACAGCAACAACAGCAGCAGCAACAACAACAGCAACAACAACAACAGCAACAACAACAGCAACAAAAAGAGCUCAAAGAACUUGAACUUUCAGGAAUUUAUUCACCGUUAACACAAACUCAAGACGUCACCACUUCAACUGCAUCUUCGCCUACAUCUACUUCUACAGCUCUGCAACAAAAUCUUCAUAUAAACAAUUCGCUUAAACGGAAACCCGACGAUUCCAUCAAUUCAAUGACACACGUUACGAGUGAAUCUCAACCUCCUAAGAAAGAUUCGAAAAAAAAAACGGACAAUAAUGGGAUUAAAAAAAAGAAAACAAGAACGACUUUCACUGCGUAUCAAUUAGAAGAAUUGGAACGGGCUUUUGAACGCGCUCCUUAUCCAGAUGUAUUUGCUAGAGAAGAGCUUGCACUCAAGCUCGCUCUUUCAGAAUCACGAGUCCAAGUAUGGUUCCAAAAUCGCCGCGCUAAAUGGCGCAAAAGAGAGCCACCUCGCAAAACUGCAGGGUAUAUGACUGCUGGUUCAGCAAGUCCUGGACUGACAGGUUCAUUUCCAUCAUUAAACAAUAGCCUUAACCCUUUUGCUUCAAGUACAAACGUUGCAACUGCGACACCACCAGACGCCUGGGCGUACUCUCCAGCUUAUGAUCUUACACCUCAUCUCAAUCUUCUUAGUCCUUCAAAUUCACCGUAUACGAGUUCUUUCGCUGGUCCAAGUAAUAAUGGAUCUGCAUAUUCUUAUGCAACGAUGCUACCACAGCACGACACAUCUCUGUUUUCUGCCCCUUCAAACAACACAAUGCGUGUUCAUCAAGAUUACAUGAACACAACGAACAAUAGUCCACCACCAGCUUUAAUUAGAGCUGAUUAUCAGAGUAUAGUGGCAGCGCAUUCACCUCAACAUUCAAAUCAUCUCGGUUCUACUGGAAAUGUUAAUUCCAUGUCGGAAGAUGAGCACCAGCAAAAUAAACAACUUGAAUAUGUAACCGGUCUAAGUCCACCUGAUAAAUAUCACCAUGAUCAAUCGGACUACACAUCCCACCAUCAUCAACAGCAAUCUCAAGAAGCUUCUCAUCAAAAGCAAGAAUACGGUAUGCCUUCAUCACCACCUUCUACUCGUCAAACUAUAAAAGAUCAAGUUCUUGUUAAAAGUGAACCUUCUGGUCAACAGAGUUACGUGCAACUUCCGUCUUUUUUGAAUUAACUCGGACCCUCAGGUUCCGAGUUAGAUAUAAUCCUUCAACGCAAUAAAGUGCUCUUCUUAUAACUACUCACGUUAAUGUGGAUAUUUAAAUUUUUACGUGCCUUGUUAUUCUUAAUAUUUCAUUACUGUAUAUGCCUUAGAGUCUAAGCCCUCAAGUGCAUUGACACAAUUUUCUUCUUGCAAUAUAUCGAUGAAAAAUAUAUUUUUGUUGGUGGUUAGGUAAAAUUUUGUUACCCAAACAUGGAGUCUGACUUCUUAGGAAUUAGUGGUGGUAUUGAGGGCUUAUUAAUAUUGGAGAAUUAUGACUGUUAAUAAUUACUGCUAUAAUUUCAUUAAAAUUUACUCAUUAAUGGAUGUUAAUAUAUAAUAUCAUUUUACUUUACGUUAUAUAAAUAAAUAAAAUAAAAUAAGUACUUUAAGAUUUUA